AUGGUUGGGGAUAAAAUUGAAGAUUUGGAGAAAAUAGCAAAAGUGUUGGGUUUAGAAUUUGACCCAGCCGAUUUUGAAGAAAAAAAUAAUGAUAGUGAUUAUUUUGAUAUUGAAAGCAAAAGUAGUAAUACAGUUUUGGAUGAAAAAGAAGAAGAAAAUAAAAUAAAGAAUGAAAAUAUUUUUAAUAAUAAAAAUAAUUCAAAAAAAUUAAAAAAUAACAAAAAAUAUUUAAAAGAAAAAAAGAAUAAAAAUAAGAAAAAUAAAAAAUCAAAUAAAAAAUCAGCAAUUAAAAAUUAUGCAAAAUUAUAUGAAAAUAUUAAAAAUAAAUCUGUUUCAGAAACAAAAAUAGAAGAAGAAAAUAAUAAUUCUGAUAGUGAAAAUGAAUUAUUAGCUGAGGAAAAUGAGAAUACGGAUAGUGAAGAAGUAUGUACAGACUUUGAUAUUUUAAGUAUUUUCUAUAAAAUAUUAGACUCUCAUUAA